CAGCCGCGAGACCCCUUCCCACUCCCGACGCCCGCAGGGAACGCGACGCGACCCACCGACCAAGCAAGCGACCGAACAGCGACGCCGCCGGAAAGCGAGCGAGGCGACCGGGAUGGCGGCGGCGGCGGUGGAGGGGGAGGUGAGGCGGGACAUGUGGGGGCAGGAGUACCGGACGUCCUCCGCGGAGUGCGCGGCGGCGCUCGACGCCUACUACGCGGCCUUCCUGUCCUUCGGCCGCGGCCGCGUGGCGGCCGCCCUCCGCGCCGUCGCGGCCGACCCGAGCUGCGCCCUCGCCGCCGCGCACGCCGCGCACGCCGUCGCGCCCAGGGACCCCGCGGGGGCCGCCGCCUUCCUCGCCGCCGCCGCGGACAACCUCGGAAAUGCGACGGAUUACGAGAGGGCCGUGUUCGGGACGCUCUCCGCGAUGGUGGGCGAGCAGAGGAAAGAGGAGGUGGCACUGCAGAGGCACUUCGAGUUGCUCAAGAAUUUCCCCAGGGAUAUCCUGUCUCUCAAGAGAGCGCAGCACCUCUGCUUCUAUUUAGGAAAUCCGGAUUUAUCCCUGAAAUUUGUCGAACAAGUUUUGCCAGAGAAUCAAGAUCAGAACUACAUAUAUGGUAUGCUCGCCUUCCCUUUGCUAGAGCUUGGAAAGAUGGAUGAAGCUGAGAGAGCUGCUCGAAAAGGCUUGGCUAUAAACAAGAAUGACGUCUGGUCGCAGCAUAAUUUGUGCCACGUUUUUCAGCAGGAAUGUCGCUUCAGAGAAGCUACUGAGUUCAUGGAAUCAUGUUCUCCAUCAUGGAUUGCAUGCACAUCAUUUUUGCUUACUCACAACUGGUGGCAUGUCGCUGUUUGUUACUUGGAAGCUGAAUCCCCUUUACAGAAAGUCCUAGAUGUAUAUGAUCAAAAUAUCAUGAAGGAACUUGAGAAAAGUGACUGUGAGGCCGCGGAGGUGUAUUUGAAUGCUCUAGGGUUGCUGCUACGGUUGUAUGUGCGUGGUCAUGUACAUCCUGCUAAAGAGAGGUUAACAACAUUUCUCGAUGCACUAAAGGAUGAGUCUAUAUGGCAUGUGGAAUGGCUCCUUGAUUUGCUUAUUUUAUGGGCGCUAUCAAUUACGGGCGAGUUAAAAAGUGCACAAAAUAUGUUGGAAUCUUUGAAGUCAAGGGUCAGUUCGAUGGACAAAGAUAGGCAGCAAGUGAUGCAGAAGGCCCUCCAGCUAGCGGAGGCUGUUUAUCAAUUUGGAAAUGAAGAGCACAAGACGGUCUUUGACACUCUGGGUCCAGACUUUGAUGCGCUUGGUUAUAAGAUGAUCGGUGCAUCAGAUGAACAAGUGGAUGUCUUUAAUGAAGUUUGGUACGUUGUUCUAAUAAGUGCUGGAGAGACUUCGAAAGCAAUUGAUGUGCUUGGCAAACAAAUAAGGAAACGAGAUGGGGCACCCUUCCUGUGGCGUUUGCUGGCGAAAGCAUACUCAUUGGAUGGAAGAGGCGCAGAUGCUUCGGUGGCAUCCGAAAAGGCCGAUGCUCUACAAGCUGCUUACUCCUAUUAGGAUCAGAUAUGAUGUUGAAUAGCCAGCUUCUGGAGGCCAUGUGACUGUUGGUGCAUAGUGUGCCAGUGUGCAUCAUAGGAAGUAUAGUCAGUAUACAACAAUACUACAUAAAAUCAGCAGUUUAUGGACGCUUGAGCAUGUACAUUGCACUAAUAUGCGCAUACCUGGAAGCUUUAUGUUCAAUAAAUUAAUGGGUUAUAGAUAUGGUUU